AAGCGUACAUUGCUCUGCUCCUACCAUUGAAAGCGACGAGCAUGUCAGUACUGAUACAAAGUCCGAACGAAAUGUUGUUCCGCGUUAAGUCUCGUUUCUAGUCACGGCCGUGCACGCUUUUAUGUUGCGUGCAAAUGGUGUGCGCAGCAGUGCUUCUCGAGUAAAGGAAUUUAAUCGCUAAUCUAAACAUUAAAUCGCGUUUUUUCAAAUUACCGCAACGGUGUGCAUUCAGUGUGCGUUUUAUCAAAGAAACCUCAGAGACGCAAAUUUUGCUUGAUAAGAGAAUUAUUCAAAACAGUGCGCGUGCUUUCAGAUUCGAAAGUGCUUUACUAUGUUGAUCAAACUGCAGAUGGCUACUGUUCAAUGCAUUAAACAGUAAGAGGCAUGGAACAAUUCCAUGAUAUGAGUGAUGGAAAUAUAAAUAUAAGUGAUGUCAUUGAAGUCAUCCAAACUACCGAUCCUGGGUUUGUGGAAUGUAGUGAAAAGGAGGAUCAACUGCCACUGGAAAUGAACACUGGGAGGUUAUUACCAUAUGUUGAAAUAAUAGAACAGCCAGCAAGUAAAGCUUUACGUUUUCGCUAUGAAUGUGAAGGCAGAUCGGCUGGUAGUAUACCAGGAGUAAACAGUACACCAGAAAACAAAACAUUUCCUAGUAUAAGAAUAGUUGGAUAUAAAGGUAGAGCUGUAGUUGUAGUAUCAUGUGUAACAAAAGAUCAACCACACAGACCUCAUCCUCAUAAUCUUGUUGGAAAGGAAGCAUGUAAACGUGGUGUAUGUACAGUAGAAGUCUCAUCAGAAAAUAUGACAGUCACAUUUGCAAAUCUUGGUAUUCAAUGUGUUAAGAAAAAGGAUAUUGAAGAGGCACUUAAAAUAAGAGAGGAAAUUCGUGUAGAUCCCUUUCGAACUGGCUUCGAACAUAAAAGACAACCUACUAGUAUUGAUCUAAAUGCAGUGAGAUUGUGCUUUCAAGUUUUCUUAGAAGGAGGACAAAAAGGAAAAUUCAAUGUGCCAUUACCACCAGUUGUAUCUGACCCUAUAUUUGAUAAAAAAGCAAUGUCAGAUCUUGUGAUAUGCAAGCUCAGUCACUCUAAUGCGUCGGUUGCUGGUGGUAUGGAAAUGAUUUUAUUAUGCGAGAAGGUUGCAAAGGAAGAUAUACAAGUUAGAUUUUUCGAGGAGAAGGAGGGGCAAGUUAUUUGGGAAGGAUUUGGUGAUUUUCAGCCCGUUCACGUACAUAAGCAAACAGCAAUUGCAUUCAAAACACCCACAUAUCGCAUGCAGCAAGUGGAGCAACCGGUGCAAAUAUGCAUUCAACUGAAAAGACCGUCGGAUGGUGCGACGAGCGAACCAUUACCUUUUCAGAUGUUACCUCUCGGUGCAGGUAGGCCUGCUUUCUGGUCUUUACGGAAAGCAUUUGCCAGGAAGAAAACAGAUUAUAGUACAUUUAGUAAAAUCUUAGCCACUGAAUCGGCAUUAUUUUCAAACGUUACCCCUAAAUUUCCGCGUAAUGUCGAUGAGUAUAAUAAUAAUGAUGAUUUCAAUGUAAAAAAAUCGAGUAAUAAAAUUUCUGCGUUACGCGCUUUAAAUGAUUUAUAUAACGUAAAAAAUACAUUAGAUUCUUGUAAUGGAAAUAUAGAAAUGAAUCAAAAUAUCUCACAAAAUGUAAAUCAUAUUAAAAGCACUAUUAUAGAUUAUCAAAAUAACGAAAUCCCAAUAAAUGAAGAGAAACAAACUAGAGAAAAUGAACAAAUAAAUAGAAUGUACAAAAUUGAUAAUAGAUAUAUAGACAAAGAAAUGAAUGAUGACAAUUCGGGAACUUUAUCUCGUACUAAAUCCGAUAGUACCGCAGAAAACACGUGUGUAUUUAAGCAAAAUGCAGAUAUAUCCAAAAAUAAUUCCGAUUGGUUCGACUAUUCGGAAGUGGGAAAAUGGGUGCAAAAGGGUCAAAUGUGUCUCAAGGAGAAAGAUAAUGAAACAGAUUUUAAAACAGAAACAACAGAGGAUUGCAAUAAAUCCUUCAAUGAAUUAUUGACACAAGUAGCUGAAUUAGAUCAAAUAUAUGCAGAUACACAUACAAAGUUAGUGCAAGCAGCCAUUGAACAGAAUACAACGGAUCAAUCUAUGGAUAUUGACGUUUGCGAUAAUCAAACUUAUACCAGCUUACAAAUGGCUAUGAAAAAUCCUAUUGAAUUUAUUGAUUUACCAAACGAGAGGAAGUAUGAGGACGUAUGCAUACCAAAAGCAGAUGUUAAUCAAUCUUGUCCUUCUCCUCCAGUAACUACGAAGAGAGACGGAACACAGGAAACGGAAGAGAGAUUACCGCCUUUACCGCCGAAACGAAUCCGCAAAAUGCCUUCUAUGCCUCUUCUACCUCGUCCUAUAUCCUCUCAUAUGACAUCUGAGUCAUUCGUUGAAGCACCAAACAAAACUUUACCUUCUCUACCUGCUACUCUAACUAAGAACUCAAAACAAGGACUAUUUUCAAAAUUGUUCGCAAAGAAAGCAAAGAAAGAUAAAGACUCAAUUUCGAAUGUAUCUAAAGAAAAUAGUCAGCCUUUGUGUUUUACAGGAAAUGUUUCAUAUAUGACAACAAACAAUACUCCAACUAGCCCACAAUUACAAAUUUCAAGACCUAGUGCAAUAAGUACUAAUAGUGUUAAAUCGCUUAAGUUGGAAGGCGACGAAACACCACCAUAUGGAAUUGAAUUAACAGAAGCUGAACAUUAUGCAUUGUAUACUGCUAUGGCACCACAUGCAACUGUAUCAGAGUUUGAUGAAAUGUCCUUCUAUUAUAGUCCAGUAGAAGGUGGAAAAAUUUAUUCUGAAAAAAAAGAAACGUAAUUUGCUUGAAUGUUUAAUAGUGUUGUUUCUAGUAUACUACCAUUUGAGAGUGACAUUUUUCUCCAGUAAUACAUUUUUAGAAGCGAAAAGCAUUGUAAUUGAAUGAAACUGAUUAUUUACAGUUGCAAAACUUAAAUUCUUGUAAUUUGAAUGUGCUUGCGUCCUUAAGAGAAAGAUGCAUUUUAUAUAUUUCAAAUUUAUUAUGAAAAGAGGAUAUAUGAUAAAUCUGUGUUGUGCUAUCUUGAUUAAAACGCUCUGAAACAAAUUCAAUACUGUUCUAGUCAGGGUACAAAUUGUUACUUUGUUUUGAUAACCCUUUAUAUGCAUCCUAAAAAGUAGCUGAAGUAUAAUCUCAGCUGAUACUCGUUUAUUGCGAAGGGUUAGCGUUUUUUCUAGUCAAAUUUUACAGUGUUGCUACUUAUAUUUUUAAUCUUGCGCAUUGCUUUUUACUAUUUAUGACAAGUUGUUAAGUUUUUUUUAUAGCGUCCCAAGAUUAUAAGUACCACUUUGUUUCUAACUUUAGAAUAAGUACUUAAUUUAUAAUAAUAAUAUGAAGAUCAUUUUAUUUGUUUGUAACUCAUAGUUAUUUUGUACCAAAGAUUUAAUCAAUUGUGCAGAUGUAAUGUUUUCAGUGGUAGGGAAUUUUGAAGUGAAGCUCAUAAGCUCUUUUGCCUUCAGAAAAAAUUGAUAUAAUAAUGUUUGUAAAUCACGUGGUUAAUGUACAAUCAUUUAUAGAUGAUCCUGGUUCGUUAAGGCGAAAGCGA